ACACAAGAUUCAUCAGUUCACAAGGUUAUAUCAAACACAGUCUUGGACAAUUUUGUAUCUCCAAUUCACCUCGCGGAGACGGCGAGAACAUGCAAACUCCACACAGAAAGGACCCGGACCGCCCAACCUGGGGAUCAAACCCAGGACCUUCUUGCUGUGAGGCGACAGUGCUACCCACUUAGCCACUGUGCCGCCCUCAUUUUUGAAAUGAGCUCCUCCGAGCAUGGUGGUAACCCAAAUGUGCCUGAUAGAGAAAUUAAGGUUGAGAUGGACAAUGACGAUGUGACAGACCAUGAGAUGCCACAGAGUUUGGAGGGAAGGAGUUCGAACUGUUUAAUUCAGCAGUUGACCAAAAGAUCUGAAUUACAUGCUGGUUUAGAUGGACUUAAUCCAGAGCAAAACCAGUCAGCCAGCAGAAAGAGGCCAAAGGUAGGUGACAAUUUCCAAGAAGGCACCUCAGAAGAUGCACCCAGAUCUCACAGUGGUAUGCCAUUUCCAGUAGACAUAGCCAUAUUAUCAAUCAGGAAGCCACUAUAUGGCAUCUCACACCGUAUCACUGAGAAAAAGACUACAUCCACGGACCAACUUGAAUCUGGGGUCCGUGUUGGCCAUAAUGGCACCCUUUUCCCAAAGCUGGGCAACCAAAAUCACAAUCACAGCUCUACUUCUGGAUCAAGUACAUCCCCUGUACCUGCAGAUUCCCAUCUGUAUCCACUUUUCGAGAAGAUGUUUUUCAUCCUGAACAGUUUAAACUCGAGCAUGAGUCAGCUGCACAGCAAGGUGGACCUUCUGUCGCUGGAAGUGACUCGCAUCAAGAAGCAGAUGAAGCCUUCGGAGGGUGCUCUGGAGUUCCAGCCUCCGCCAGAAUACCAGCUGACCAGGGAGGAACUGGGGCAGCUGAUGGAGCAAACCUCGACAGCUGGAGAACUCGGCUGCAGGCUGUUGGUCCAGCUAUUCCCUGAGCUUUUCACAGCCAAAGAAUGUGCCCAAGGUUGCCGAGCUUGCGGCAUCUCCAGUAAACCCUCUCUGGAUUCUUUGCAUCUACAGCUCAUACGGAACUACGUGGAGUCCUGCUACCCUAUGGUCAAGAAUGGGAACUUUUGGCAGAACGAGUGCUUGCUGCAGAUCAAUGAGUUUUUUAACCGUUUCUGGGCUCAGAAGGAUUUGGAAAGUGUGCCAGGUUGUGGACAGACUGGAAUCGAUGUUGAUCAAAAUCACGGAUGCCAUUUUAUUAACGAGGACGGCCAAGACGAAAGAAUUUCGAUAGACUCUGGAGAAAGUGAGAGCCAAUUUAGCAACAUCAAAUCCGAUCUGGCGUCGGACUCCCAAGAAAAUCCGGACGACGUCUCAUCGCCUGAGGAGUUUGUUGUGUUCCUUUUGAACAGACUCUUUCCUGAAGUGUUUGAGGAAAGACGGCUUCCUGACGGUCACUCCACCGCUGGACAACUAAUCAUCGAUUCCAACAGACUGGAGAUCAUGCGCAAAUACAUGGAAGCAAACUUCCCAGAGCUGCCCGAAGAUACUUGGCUGCAGUUGUGCAUCCAGCGAUUGGAAGAAGCCAUUGAAGGUGCCAAGGGUGGAAACCAAGAAAACAACUCAGAUGAUACCUACGAUCCUGACGACAUCUCGAUUGUCAAUAUCAACGAGCUCUGUGAUGCUUCUAACCUAAGGGCCAAAGGGUCAGGGCAGGAGCAUAUCGAAUUUGACAAAAUGGACAUCUCUUGUCAAGAUUUUGAGGUUCCUCAGGAGUACCUUCUUACAAGAGAGCAACUGAAGACCAUCUAUGAUAGCAGCCUGUCCAUCGGAAACUUCGCAUCACGCCUUUUGGUGCUCAUGUUCCCUGAACUGUUUACGCAAGAAAAUGCACGCAGGCACUACAACUGCAGUGGCUCGAUGGGCAAAAAGCAGCUGGAUCCCAUCCGGAUCAAUCUUAUCCGCCAUUAUGUCCAGUUGGUCUACCCUCGGGCGAAAAACGACCGGGUUUGGACCCUUGAAUUUGUAGGGAAGCUGGACGAAAGGUGCAGACGCAGAGACACCGAGCAACGCCGGUCGUAUCAGCAGAAUCGCAAAAUCUACCCCUCUGAUCAAGAUCUUGAUGUCAGAGACCUCCAGAUCAACUCCAGUCGCCCAAAAGAGGAAACUGAAGCACCCUUGAUGCUGCCAGAAAAAAGUAGCAAAGAUUUUUGCAAAGUCCCUCUCGAGGAUCUCAAGGUUUCCGUGCCAGACUUUCCAGUGCCUUCGUCCUACCUGCUCUCGGACCGGGAGGUUCAGGAUAUCGUUCAGCAGAGUCUCUCGGUAGGAAAUUUUGCCGCUCGUCUUCUCGUCCGUCUCUUUCCCGAACUCUUUACGCCGGAGAAUUUGAGGCUUCAGUACAACCAUUCAGGCGCCUGCAACAAGAAACAGCUCGACCCUGUACGACUCAGACUCAUCAAGCAUUAUGUGGAGGCUGUGUAUCCUGUGGAGAAACUGGAGGAGGUGUGGCAUUACGAAUGUGUUCCGAGCAUCGAUGAGCGCUGCAGACGCCCCAAUCGGAAGAAAUGUGAUAUCCUGAAAAAGGCCAAGAGGUCAAACAGCACUGUGUCCUGAUCCUCUGGCUUUAUUGUUUUUUUUUUAAUAUAUAAAUUUUAUCAACCUUGUAUUUUUUGCACAAGUCUCAAAGCUGAUGUUUUAUAAAUGCAUAUGAAAAUAGUAUAGGUUCUUGUAUAAGAAUGUUUAACACAGACAGUGAAGCUCAUUAAUACAGACGCUAGCAGAUUUCUUUUUUAUUUAUUUGACAAAGCUGUUGUAAAAGAUACUCUAACAGUAGCCUUAAACUAGCGAAUAAAGAACUAUAAACGUGCAUUCUUUUAAAUACAGAGAUAUAUUUGUAUUUUUAAUAAGAAUAGUUUGCCACUGGACUUUUUAAUGUACCUUCUGCAGCGUAUGCUAAAAUUUAAAGAUGGAUCGUUUACUAUUUUAAAAGAAACUAAAUUCUUAGUUUCUUAGAUUUGUUACUGCUUGGUUCAAAGAUUUCCUUUCAAUCAUGCACCACUCUCGACUAUGUUUUUUCUUUUGGAUAUACUCAAUCCCUUGUGUACUCAAGGGAACAUCUGCAGGCUCUGCACACACACACACACACACUGGGCAAAGAGGAUUGCAGGCCAUUACACGCUUUAUUUGACACACAGUAAGAUAAUGUGUGCUAGUUUGCGUCUCUCUACGGUCUGCACAGGUGAUAGUCGAUUAGGCUGGGAGGACAAAGGCCUGGCUCACAGUUGUUUUAGACCUCUUGUUGUUUACAGGGGCUCAGUUGGAAGCAUAUAAUUGAUUUUAUACUCUGACUGGCUGAGACCUUGGCUAAAACACCUCAACUCAUUGAUUACAAGGGUUGUUUUCAUGUACUACUGGCAGUGAAGUGCAGGUCAAUAUGUGAGUUGUCUCAAAAUAUGCACUUGGCCUAUAAGAGUUUGUAAGUUUGGCUAAAUGCUUGCAAACCUGUACAGU